UUGUAAUAGCUAUGUGGCGAAUGAUAAGAAAAACUAACGUUGAGUCUAGUCUUGAAUUUGACUCAGUACAUCAACAUCUGUACGAAGAUGGCCGUCUUCAUGAUAAACAUAUGUAAAUACAACGGCUGUGGCAUAACUUUUCCAAGAUUAGCGGACUUAAUUGAACACAUCGAAGACGUCCAUAUCGAUUAUGAUCCUGCCGUCGUUGAACAAAAAGAGGCUUCCCAGCCUUCAUGUAUUCCGUUAAGUUAUGUGUUGAAGUUUUUCACCGAGGCUUCCAGGCGGGAGAUCCAAAACAUGCCCCCGGUGGCCGAAGUUCGGCGGCGCUUGCUCUCUGCACCCAAAACACCAUCUGUCCGAAGCAGCACCCCUACUGGUAGCGACAUGGACGAGGAUGAAAUGCUGAGCCCGUCGGAGGAUAGCAAUGAUUCUUGGACUACCGUAGAGGAAUACAGCUCUGAAUACAUACUGCGUUAUGGCGUCAAUCGCCUGGGCGCAGCGUCCGCGGCGGGCCCGACGGUGCAGGACAAGCCGUUCGCGUGCCCCGUGCCCGGCUGCAAGAAGCGCUACAAGAACGUCAACGGCAUCAAGUACCACUCCAAGAACGGCCACAAGAAGGACGGCAAGGUAAAAAAGGCAUACAAAUGCCAAUGCGGCAAAAGCUAUAAAACCGCCCAGGGGCUCAAGAGCCACUCCGCCUCGCAGCACGCGGCGGCGGCCUCGCCGCGCGCGCCCGGCCUCGUGGUGACGGCCGCGCCCGCGCGCCUGGCCGCCGACCUCGACGCCACCAAGCUGGUCCGCAUCUACGACGCGCUCAAGGCCAAGGAUCUGCCCUCCUUCACCGUCCCCAAGCACGGCCUGGCGAGUGUGAACAUCGUGAACGGGGUGGUGCGCGCGCUGGCGCCGGCGGCCAGGUUGGAGCGGCCCAAGGUCACGGUGCAGGCGCGCCCGCUCGCCCCGCUCGCCCCGCUCGCCCCGCUCGCCCCGCUCGCCCCGCUCGCCCCGCUCGCGCCCUACGGUAACGUAGGCAACGAGGCUAACGCCUAGCUCACGCGAGUCCGG